UUCAUUGUGCUGCAGCCGGGUUAUCAAUUUUGCUCGUUUGAUGAGUUUCAGUGUGUGUGUUUUUCAUGCGUUCAGAUUGAAAAAUUUAUUUUUAAAAAAUUGAAUUAAAUCCUAAACAAAAAUGGCAAAGGCUCAAAUUGUUAACAUUGUUGUUCUUGAUAAUCCAUCAUUAUUUUUUAAUCCAUUUCAAUUUGAAAUAACAUUCGAAUGUAUUGAAGAUUUAAAAGAUGAUCUUGAAUGGAAAAUUAUUUAUGUUGGUUCAGCUGAAAGUGAAGAAUAUGAUCAAGUUUUAGAUACAGUAUUUGUUGGUCCUGUACCCGAAGGUCGACAUAUGUUUGUUUUUCAAGCAAAUUCACCGGAUUCAUCCAAAAUACCGGUUGCCGAUGCUGUUGGUGUUACAGUAGUAUUAUUAACAUGUUCAUAUCGUAAUAAAGAAUUUGUACGUGUUGGUUAUUAUGUUAAUAAUGAAUAUAUGAAUCCAGAAUUACGUGAAAAUCCACCAUCCGUACCACAAUUUGAUAAACUUCAACGUAAUAUUUUAGCUACUGAUCCACGUAUAACUAAAUUUAAAAUCGAUUGGGGUGAUGAUGAUGAUAAUGAAGAAAUUGGUAAUGGUGGUAAUAGUGAAAAUAAUUCCAUUGAAAGAUGUCCAACAACAACAAAUGGUACAUAUAGAACAAUGAUGGAAAAAUGUGGUUUUAUUGAACCAACAAAUGGUGGUAGUAUUGGUGGUGGUGUUUUUGGUGAUACAAUUACAUCUGCCAAAAACAACAACAUUAACAAUGAUAUAAAUAAUUCAAAUUGUUUUAUUUCUGAAGAUAGUAUUGGUCCAUUGAAUCCGGUUUCAUUACCACAACAGCAACCGCAACAACAACUACAGGAUGAUAAUCAAAUGGAAAUGUGAUUUAGUUUCAUUCUUUUUUUUAUUUAAAAAAAAUGUCAACAAAAAACAUUUAAAAUAUCAUUU